AUGCACGGGAUGUGCGUUCCGUCGCACGACUUCUGUCUGACGUUCCCGUUCGGUGGAAUGGUAGCCCUGUUUGGCGUCGCGGGAUACGUCAUGCGACGAUCGAUGCCGAGCUUGAUAUCAGGUGUAGUCAUCGGCGGCGCCCUCAUCGCCACAGGCGCGGCGAGCUUACGGGCGUGGUCAACGGGCGCGGCGAGCUUCCCGUGGACGGCUUCGAGCGCCGCCGUCACGGGCGUUUUGGCCUACGUCAUGUGGAAGAAGUUCCUCGUCUCGCACGCCAUGUUCCCAAGCGGGAUCUUGGCGAUCAGCAGCGCGAUCAUGCUUGCGUUUUACGCGAAGAACCUCUUCAUCGACGGCGGUAAUCCACCGAAGAAGCCGGCCAAGGAGUCGGCAGAUUAA